CACAAAUUCUCCCACACACAGUACACGUGAAUGCCAUCACUUUCUUCGCAGUCUUGUAAACAGGAGCGCACGGCAGGGAAUCUCUCCUGACGGCCAGGCGCCUGCUAACGGGGCGAGACAGGGCGCGGCGCUAUUGAUUGGCCUUGGAGAUCCUGGGAGGGCCACUCGCUCAGUCAUGAUGUCUUACUCACUGUGUCAUCUUUGCCUGCCGCCAUUUCUAUAUCAACAAUAAUAACAUCAAAUUUUUCAGUAACGCGUUUUCUCAGUCCUUCAUUCUUUCUUCAGGCUGAUUUUCUCUUUCAGUAACGAUAACAUCGUUUUUUUUUUUUUUCAGUAACGCACGCUCUUAGUCUUUUAGCUGAUCAUCCUUCCUUCGGGCUGGUCGAUAAAUGAUGAGACCAAGGGAAGGUAAACUGUGGAAACAUAGUUGUCAACGUGGGUCUGUGUGCCCGGGCGAGGGAUGUCACGCACCACAGGUUACAAGGCUAUUGAGACGGAGAUCAAAGCUGAAACCACACGCAGGUGCAGCGUAUACCCCAAACUUUCCUCUCUUAGCGUUGCCAGUGAAAGGAAAAACACUAUUCACCUAACAAAUAUUUAGCACACCUGAAUCAGCCUUUUUUCCGCGUAAGAAUGGAAUUACUGGGUUUUCCUGCCACUUUUCUCAUCCCAUGUCCACAACUUUACUUUAGCGUCACCAAUGAAAGGAAAACACUACAUAUUCACCGAACACAAAUUUAGAGCUAACGAAUCAACCUUUUCUUUCCUCAUGUAAGAAUGGAAUUACUGGGUUUUCCUGCCAACUUUCCCACCCAUUUAUCCAGACCACGUCCAGCAUUGCCACCAUUACAGUCAACCGUUUCUCGAUAAAGACUGCAGAAACAAUUUGCUUCUUUCAUUACCUCGGUUGGCGCCCUUCUGAUGACCGUCCUCAACCCCGGCCUUCCCCGCCACCACGCCACCACUCCCGGAGCGGCGCGAGACAGGCUGGCUGGCGAAGGGUGGGUGGGUGAGAGGGCUUCCCGCAGUGUCACGGCGGUGCGUCAUGAAGUGGUGGGUGUUUUCCAGCAGCCAACCUCCCUCUCUGCCGCCUCCCUGGAACAUAUAUAGACCAGGCCUCCUUUCCUGGCUGGCAGUUCACUUCCUCCUUCUGUGGCAAGAUGAAGGUGCGUGUUUCCAGUGUGUCUUUGGGAUUGUGGGUAUAAACUUGGGAGGUAACUUCUUUGUAAUUUUUAUGAUAGUGUGACUCUGGCCAAGGACAACAAAACUGGUGAAUGAAAUAAAAAAAAAAAAAACAGUGAAGGUCCGUGAAGAGGAUGGCUCACCUUGAAAAGAAAUCCAAAAUUACUCGAGUGUCUUGAAAACUCCCUCUUGAAAUGGUUGAAGUCAUAGGCAGGAGUAACACAGAAGCAGGCAGGUAGUUCUUCCAUCGCACUGCUAGCUUUUAUGAGGAAUGGGAAGAAUAAUGUUAAUAAUUGCAGGUGUCGCUUGUGGUGGUGGAGGUGGUGGUGAUGAAUAUCCUGGCGGCGCUGACCAAACUCUCCUGCGGCCACGCCAUCGAGUUUGGGCGGUGCAGCAGCUUAUCCGGCGACCCUUACUUCCACCCUGACGAGCUGGAGGGCCUGUGGUACGUGAUCGAGAUGUACAAGACCAGCAGCCGCUGCAUGACCAUCACCUUCCAGCGCACGCCGGACGGCUUCACGGGGACGGAGGUGCGGGAGCUGCUGGUGGGGCGGAGGGUCGGCCUGGACCACAGCGUCUCCAACACCGGCGUCUUCACCUUCAAGAACAUGGACAACCCGGCGCUCAUGAAAGUCAGGUGGCCCUCAGUGUUCAUUGACAAGCCCGCGGACGUGACGGUGGUGGAUACGGACGGGGUUCACUUCGCUGUGCUGUACGAGUGCCAGUCCCUGUGGGUGUUGCGGCGCGCCUCGGCAGUCAUCCUGAGCCGCCAGCCUUCCCUGGACGAGGCGGUGCUGCAGCGGAUCAAGGAGGACCUCACCAAGCUGAACAUCAAAACGGAACACCUCACCACGAUCCAGCACGAGGACUGCCAGGCGCUGCAGGAGGCGGACCUCAACAUCGACCUCAACACCGUCGUGCGGAUCCUGAAGCAGCGGUGGGAGAGCAGAGGCCGCGGACUCGUCACCCACGCCGCUGCACUAGACGCCGUGAGGACCCUAGCAGCGCCCACCACACCGCCCAGACCUACAGUACCAGUCAGGCCCCCAAGACCAGCAAGGCCUGCCAGUCCAACCAAGCCUACCACCAGACACUGAAGGGAAUGUGGAUUGAAUGGAAGGAAGCAAUACUUAUAUUUCGUUAACAUCAUAUUACGGUCAUAUUAUGGUUACAUUAUAUUCAGUUUAGGUUAGGGUAGGUUAAGUUUGUGUAGUUACUUAUAUAAAUCCACUUAUACAAAUCCAGCGUUGAGGUAAGAAUGUAAUCCCGUAUUUAAUUAAAAAAAUUCUCUAAAAAUACUGAUUGGUUGUCAUUAUGCUUCUUAUUCGCGGCUCUACUGAAUGUUUCUGGGGUUUGCAGGCGUGUUUUCAUUCAUUCAUUCGCGAGUUUGGCGAAAGAUCUACAUCUUCACUGGGAUAAAACAGCAAUGAGACCUCGAUUAAUCAUCUCUGAGGGUUUCCAGGCGUGUUUUCUGGAGAUUUCCCUCAACAAGGAUGAAACUCCAGGCGGGGAAAUAUUUUGGGAUACUCGAUCAUUCGUUUGGUGUCUUCCGAAAUCAGUCACAGCUUACAUAGAAAAAAAAAAAAGAAUCCCUUUGGGUGUUAAUGGCAAUAUGACACUUUCUUACAUCUCUGUAGUAACAUUAGACGAUUUCACUAAACAAAAAUCAAACUCCGGGAGGGGAAAAUUUUGGAGCCACUUGCUUAUUCCUGUGGUGUCUUUCGAAAACAUUGUCACCGUUUCCACCACGACAUUCCACCACCAAGUUUGAAGCACCAUGGCAGUGAAAAGGUUGACUCCUGACACAUAAUUUUCCUUGCAAAUAACUUUUUUUUUAUCACUCUUCUCACCUCUACAGUCACCGUAAACUGUAGCGUGACUGUGAGGAACACUGUGCUGACCCAUGCAAUCCCUUCUUUCUUGUACACUACCACAGCAAGAUUCCCCACAAUCAAAGACGCUCAAUUAACUUUUCUUUCACUU